UCCUGAGCCCCGAGCAGGCCGCAGGGUGAGUGGGUGAGCCCGCCCUGCCAGAUGCUGCCGCGGCUUUGCUGACGCUCAACGUCUGUAGCCUCUCGACUGGUGUCGGCGUCGCUGUAUCCGGCCAAUGGCAAACCUCGCCUUCGGGCAAGCAGCAAGCCCACGAGUUGCACGCCCACAACGUUCGCAUCCUCGGCCACCAUGACGCUGUCUCUUAUCCAUUGCAAAAGAAGUACCACAGCCCCGAGUUCCUCCGUACUCUGCCUCAUCUACGCACUCGCACACCCUUCAACUCCUUGAUGCUACGCUUGCGCUCGCAAGUCAUUGCCGACGUCACUGCAUUCUUCUCCACGCGCGAAUUUAUCCAGACUCAGCCGCCCAUUAUAACUUCCUCGGACUGUGAAGGCGCCGGCGAGGUCUUUUGCGUGUCAACGGAAAAAGAUAAUCCUAAAGACCGCUUUUUUAGAUCCCCUAAAUACCUAACCGUUUCCUCGCAGUUGCACUUGGAAGCAUUGGCGCAGUCGGUUGGCAAGGUUUGGACGCUUUCCCCGACGUUCCGUGCCGAGAAGAGCGACACGCCGCGCCACCUUAGCGAGUUCUACAUGCUCGAGGCAGAAGUCAGCUUUGUGGAGAAUCUCGACGGCAUCAUGGAUAUUGUCGAGGAGAUGCUGCGAGACGUGGCGGACCACUUGACAAAUUCAGCGGUGGGGAAAGAGCUCCUUCUUGCAAGGUCACCCGCGUGGGUCAAGGAGGACGAACACCUUAACAUCACACCCGAAACGCUAUCACAGAGGUGGGAAGCCCUGCGCAGGGGUCCAUGGCCACGCAUAACGUAUGCCGAAGCUAUUUCAAGAUUAAAAGAAGCGGAGUCACAAGGCCAGGUAAUCUUCGACUUCAAACCGUCAUUCAAUGAGGGGUUGCAAGCUGAGCACGAGAGAUUUAUUGCCGAACACAUCGGGCAAGGAGGACCGGUCUUUGUAACUGACUAUCCUCGCGCCGUGAAACCGUUCUAUAUGGCUCCUUCGACCUAUGGUCCAGAAGUACCAAACGCCUCACCGACCGUAGCCUGCUUCGAUCUUCUGGUGCCCGAGAUCUGCGAACUAGUUGGUGGGUCCAUGCGUGAGCAUCGCCUGCCCGAGCUGCUUGCCGCCAUGGAUUUGCAUGGCCUGCGGAGGCCAAGUGAUCAUGACGACGCAGCGCGCGGCACGAACUCUCAUACAAUUGCGGAACCGGAAGCUGAUGUGGAACUUGGCUCCUCAAAUAAACCCAGCGACCUGCAAUGGUAUGUGGAUCUUCGACGAUAUGGCAGCGUCCCCCACGGCGGAUUUGGCAUAGGUUUCGACAGGCUUUUAGGAUACCUGUCUGGUGUACCGAACAUUCGAGAUGUUGUCGGCUUCCCCAGGUGGCACCAGCGGUGCGAUUGUUGAGGGUGAUUUUGCCUGAACAUGCGCAGUGGGCUUUUCACCAACAGGGUUGUGUGUACACUCCCGACAGUAGUCGGCAACACUGAGGACCUACCAGACGCAAGGCCAUCUGGGAGCGGCGACCAAGACCUGGUACACCACGAAGCAUGGGAUAGACACGCCAGGGCUGACUCGCCUUGUGCUCUGUAGAUUUGCCUGGCCUCCAAUGAGACAGGUUGUAGAAGCGUGUACGUCGUUUGAAUUUUACAAUACCUGAGAGAUACAAGAAGCCGAGGCAUGAAUGACACAUUAGUGGCGGC